AUGGCGGAGGCGAUCGUGGAAUGCGUCACCACCCGAGGGUACACCGUAACAAGCUUUGGGGUGACGGCGGCGGUGCCAGCGUGCCUGGCGGUGCGGAACGCGGCGUUUCUGGAGGCGGGCUUGGGCGGCUGCGACCUCUCACCCAAGCCUUCGCACCAGCAGCAGCAGUCCUCUCCGGAUGAACCCGAGCCGCCCGCCGCCGCCACGCCGCCGCCAGCGCCGACGAGGGCGGGUCAAAUCUCCAGACAGGCCGUCGUGCCCGUCAAGGAGGCGCUCAAGAUCGGGCUGGCUCACGUGCUGAAGGCCCACCUCCAAACCAGACAGGAGGAGGCGGCGGCAGUGGCGGCAGUGACGGCGGCAGUAGUGACGGUCGACCACCAGGACUCUGACUUCAUGGUGGAGGUAACCGCGAGGGCGCCCGAAGCCGACGCGCACGCGGCGACCGCCCUUUUGGGAGGCCCGGCUCCGUCCCGCUCGGGCGCCGGCAAGCCGCCGCGCGGCUGGCCCGCGGGGGGAGGGAGGUGGGCGAAGAAGCGCCAGCGGCGGGAGCAGCAGCGUAACCCGGGGCUGACCGUCGGCGCGGUUAAGAAGGGCCUCAACGAGAUGGACGACGCGGGCAGGGAGCGCAUGAGGCGCUGGGUACAGGGGCUAAUAGAAGAGAGGAGGACGGGCGGGGGGAUAGAGGAGGGGAUAGAGGAAGAACCGGUGGCCAGCAUUGGCGGAGCCACCAGAGCAGGAGAUAGCAGUAGCGGGGGGGGCGCGGUUGAAGUAGUCGGUGGUGGAGAUGGUGUCGUCGACGCCGAGCCGAAAGACUCUACGGGCCAGGCGGUAGACGGUGUGACCCCCGUGAGCGGGACUGUUGCGGGUGGUGAUGCGAGGGAGGGAUCACCCGCUGCGAUACCUGCGGAGGCGCCGGUGGUUCGAGCUGCGGGACCGCCACCACCCUCCGCCACACCAAGCGACGCCAGUACCCACCCGACCAGCGCCGGCGCGGAGGCGCUCUGCGAGGUCGCCAUCCGGCGGAAGCCGAUCCACUUCUGGGGCCGGUACACCAAGCUCUCCCGGAGCGUCCCGCAGACGCCGUGGUUCAAAGGUUUCUACUCCGUGCAGGAGGCGGUCUCCGAACCGUUCCAGGCGUUCUCCGGGUGCGUGGAAGGGCUCCUGCACGGGGCCGGCCGGGAGGACGUCGACGUCCGGAUGCUCGGAAAGGGCCGCCCGUUCUGCCUGGAGCUGGUGGACUCCCUCCGGUCCGUCGACGAGAUCGCGGCGCGCUUGCCGUCCCUGGCCGACGCGGUUAACACCGCGGGGGGCGUCAAGAACGCCGGCGGCGGGGUCGCGGUGUCCAGGCUCCAGGUGUCCGGCCCCGGGGAGCUCCCGAGCGACGUCCAGGCCGUCGGCGAGGGGAAGCGGAAGCACUACCGGUGCGUGGUGUGGGUGUCGAGGCCGGUGGGGAAGGAGGAGCUGGUGAAGGCGCUGUGCGAGGACGCGCCGGAGGAGCUGGUGGUGCAGCAGGCCACGCCCAUCCGCGUGCUGCACCGCAGGACGCUGCUCGACAGGCCUAGAUCGAUCUUCGGCAUGCGCGCGGAGUGGAUCAACGAGCACUUUUUUCAGCUGGAGCUCGCCACGUCCGCCGGCACCUACAUCAAGGAGUUCGUGCACGGGGAUCUCGGGCGAACCGUCCCCUCAAUCGGAAGCCUCCUCGACUGCCGGGCGGACAUCCUCCAGCUUGACGUUACGAACGUCGAAGACAGAUGGAGCGCAGCGGAGGAUGUCUAGAAGACGAGGGAUAGAGGGCCACGGCGGUUUGAAAGCAUCGCCUUGUUCGGCCGAGAGGGUGGAGGAACACAACCUUUCGCCGUAGGGGAGAAACGAGGAAAGCAUCCUGGCAGAUGGUUUGGCAAGCGUCGCAGUGUUCACUGACCGACGGCAACGACAGCUGUGCGUGUCAAUAGGAGGCGGACGCUCGUGUGCUCCGCGUGGUUAGCGGAGUUCCCUCCCCGCAGCGUGAUUGGCUACAGAUAGAAUGAUGGCUUGGCGCAGUCUAGUUUCAGCAACGAAAAGGGCCAAGCGUAUUGUUUGUAGUGGGGAACGCUGAGGGCCAACUGCUGUCUGGGGGUUCUGCGGCACCGCCAGCAGGUGUGUCGAAGGGUAGACGAUGCUGCGACAGGAUCGUUCCCAAAGAUCAAACUACUCCACGCAAUUGCCGAAAGUCGUUAAGGCGUGCGGUACACCGUGGCUAGCGCCCGCGUAGACCACCGU